CAGGGCUCUGGCUGUCAAUGAGAAAAAUAACUGCAUGCCGAAGUAUUUUGUGUGGAGAAGUAUUGUUAUAAAACCAUAACUUUCAAAGAAAAUCAAAGAUUUGAAUUAUAAAUAAUGUCUUUAUUGAAACAAAUACAUUUUUUAACAAAUAUACGCAAUGCUACCGUUAAAACUUCUGUGCGGGCGGUCUCUACAAAGGGAGUGACACUGUCGUAUGACAAAGAUCCCCAACCUUUAUUUACUGAUCCAGAAACACAAAAGCUCCUAAAAUCCAUUACCCAGUUGAGGCUUAGCAAAAUAUUUCGCAAACGUGCCGUUAAGGAUAAUUCGGUAGAAUAUAAAUUCAUGACCAACGAAGAUUUGGAGGAAGAGUUCCGUAAAACGGUAGAAAAGGCAAAAUUAAAGUUACAAAUGCCUCCUGUGGUUAAGAUCAAAGAAGAUGAACAAAAAAUCAUUUCAGAAGAUAAAGCUCUAAAAGAUUUCUCUAAUACAAAAUUUGUUAUUACAGACAUUACAUUCGGCGUCCGUCAUACGGAUCGUAAGGUAGUUGUACGUGAAACUGAUGGCACUCUACGUUAUGCUCCCAUGGAUGUAGCCAAACGCAUGAAACAACUUUAUGUGCCGCUGGAUGGUCGCAGUAUACAGACACCUAAAAUGUUUGAAGAUGAACAUUUGCAAAGAUGUUUGGAUGAGCUUAAAUAUGAAUUCAUUUUGGAUCGUCUUUUGGUUCAGUAUGAUCCCUACGAACCGGAAUUCCAUAGGAUUAGCGCCAAAGUAUAUCAGCAUUUAAAUGAGACCAAAGAAUUUGAACAAUUACGUUCAACUCGCCACUUUGGUCCAAUGGCAUUUUUCUAUGCCUGGCACAAGACUAUAGAUGAUCUGCUCUAUGACAUGAUUAGACGUGAUUAUCUACGUAAUGGAGCCGAACUAAUUGCUCUUUAUUAUAAAAUGCAUAGUGUACCGGAAAAUUACUCCGAACUUUUGGCCACACUAGAUCAGUACAAUAACUUAGAAGAACCCGCUCUUAAAGAAUUACAAAGCACUUUAAAGCCUGCGAUUAAGGAUGAUAUACACGAAGAAAUUGAAACGGCUAUCGGUAAAUCGGCGAAAGACUUUGAGGUGGAUGAGUUAUGCUUGAAGUUUAUCGACAACUAUGUUGCCUCUCAUGCUCUAAAGAAGGUGCAGUUGGAAUUAGCCAUACAGACACUGAAAGAAAUCAAUGCUGAGAAGAAACAACUAUAUGAAGGUUUGAGUAAGGCACAUGGUGUACAAAAAUCAAGUUAAUUUUAAAUUUAUUAAGUUUAAACGAUUUUUCUUGUUAAAAACUGGCGAACUAAUUACUAGUGAAAAUAAAAGCGAUAAUUUACGUAAAAUAAAAAAAA